AUGAGCAAGGUCUUCAGCAAAACUCCAUCUACCACAAAAACAACAACUCUGCCUUCUACUACAACUCCAACCUCUACUCCUACAUCAACCUCAACAGGAGCAUCAACUACCAAGUGCAAUGGUGAAGAAAGUUGUGUGUGGUCAGACUGGAUCAACCUUGGUCAGCCAACCUCUGGCUCUGAAGGUGGAGAUAAUGAAUCCAUUAAGAACAUCAUUGCUAGUGGUUAUCACAUUUGCUCAGCUCCAGAGGCAGUUGAAUGUAGAGCAAAACAAUACCCUGGACUUCAGAUCUCUCAGCUUGGCCAAGACGUGACUUGCAAUCCAUCCGUUGGACUGAUUUGUAAAAACAAUGAGCAAGGUCUUCAGCAAAAGUGCUUUGAUUACGAGAUACGAGUGAAAUGUUGUCAAUGUCCUCCCACAACACACAUCCCGACAACAACAACAACAACAACAACAGUUCUGUCGACCACGACUCCUACACCCACUACUACAAUCUUAACUUCGACAGCUCCAUCUACCACAAAAACAACAACUCUGCCUUCUACUACAACUCCAACCUCUACUCCUACAUCAACCUCAACAGGAGCAUCAACUACCAAGUGCAAUGGUGAAGAAAGUUGUGUGUGUUCUGUCGACCACGACUCCUACACCCACUACUACAAGCUUAACUUCGACAGCUCCAUCUACCACAAAAACAACAACUCUGCCUUCUACUACAACUCCAACCUCUACUCCUACAUCAACCUCAACAGGAGCAUCAACUACCAAGUGCAAUGGUGA